UGUGUUCUAAUCGGUGAAAUAUACACGAAGGCGUCACUGUAAGUGACUGUACGCACUCUGAACUAGCUGAGUGAUGCUAAUGAUGCCUUCAGGAACAAUCAGAAAUUACGGAAUCCAAACAUAAUGGGACCUGCAGUCAGUGGGUUGGAGUGUUCACUAACACGAGCUGUGUUUUACCAAACAUCCACACAGUGUAUGUUAUUAUAGAUCGACAUCAACGUGUAGCAACACAACAAUCAAUCAAAUCUCACUUACACUCUGCUCUCUGCACUCUGCGCUGACGUCAUUCGAGGUUUAUGUGACGCAUGAUGUGGCGUUCGUCUCCGACUUUUACGAGUGGUCCUUGAAGGCAGCACAGCCUGUCCCACCAAGUCAGCUUUAGCAAAGAGCAGCACUUAGCUUCAGUUAGCAUCAGCAUCAUUCUCUCCUGCUACUUCACAAUGACUUAAACAGAUAAUUAAAAUAUUUUUUCACCACCAAAGGACGAGGAGCCGCGGGGCUUCGAACACCAGACAAAAAUGAGCCGUUUCUCUUUUGACAACAACAACUUCCCCUACGACAACAACGUCCUGGUGUUGGACAUGGUGCUGGGUUCUCUGUGGGGAGUUCCUCAGCCCAUAAACUGGGACAACGUCUCCAAGCUAGUUCCAGGAUUCAGUGCCAAGGAGUGCGCUCAUCGAUUUGAGGAGCUGAAGAACACGGGAGGUUUUCCUCAGGUAGACAACCAGUGUAAUGCCCUGACCGAGGGAAGUCUGCCACCUUCAGGUGGCCUCUCCACAGCGUUUGACACAGGUGAGAUGGUGGACACAGGAAGCACUCAGUGCACAAGCCACGUCACAGGCUCUAAAUCCAAGCUGUCAAGAAGAGUCAGUUCUGUGGAGAAGAAGGAGAAAAGAGUUUCUGUGGAGGACGACGAGCGACCUCAGUGUCCACGAGAUCUGAACAUGGUCAUCCACGUGUGUGAUGAGACCAAGAACCUGAAGCAGGACUUCACGUGUCCCCGAGAUCUUCUGGUGAAGGAGAUGCGCUACUUUGCUGAGUACCUCUCUGUGGAUCCUCAGAGAUGGGAGGAGGUGGACAUCUCUGUCCACUGCGACGUCCAGAUCUUCGACUGGCUCAUGAACUACGUCAGGAGGAACUCAGCAGGAGAGGGAAACAAGGACAAACCCCGUCUCGAGCCCAGCAAUGUGAUCUCAAUCCUGAUCUCCUCCGAGUUCUUGAAGAUGGAUACGUUAGUGGAAGAAUGUAUCCACUACUGCCACAGACACAUGAGCGCCAUCGUGGCCACGCCCUGCAACAUGAACUGCAUCAACAGCAACCUGGCAACUCGCAUCGCUGAGCUGUUUACCCACAAUGAGGCUGAUGACAUCAGGGACAAAAAGGACAAGUUCAAGAGCAAAUUGUUCCAGAAGAAAAUCGAGCGUCUGUUUGACGCCGUCCAUCAGAACAGAGACUCUCCAGGAAACGCUUCAACUCUCUACAGGUGUGGUCAGUGUCUGAAGCUGCUGACCAGAGACACGGAGAGGAACGUCCCCUGUGUCCCAGGCCAAAUGGACAUCGAUGCUCGUGGACAGAUCGUCUUCAGCCACAGCAGACAGAAGAACUGGGACGUGCAUGAAUACAUCAGUGGACUCUACGAGGAGCUCCAGUCCUGGGUUCUGGUUUACUGGAGAAUCUGGGGAACCAUCAACUCCCUCACCUGCUCCCGCUGCCAACAAAUGUUCUUGUGUGCAGAGCUGACCCAGUGUCAGUACCACCCAGACAGUGUCCUGUAUUCAGGCCCGGCUGCAGAGAAAGGUCUCCAUGGAGCAGGACUCUACCCCUGCUGUCACCAGAGAGUACUGCGCUUUGACCCCACUGCUGUCCCCAAGGGCUGUAAAAUGCGAGACCACAUCGUGAGUGUUCCUGAUGAAGAGAACUGUGACGAGGCCACCGCGGCUCAGAUCAGAGUCCUCAACGACCUGCUGCUGCACCGGGACGACGUCUGUGUGUCCAACAACGCGUCCAGCGACCAGGACAGUCCUUCGUCCAGCUCAGAGAAGAUCCAGGACUGUGAUCCAGUCUGGGAGCCGACGCUGCUCGGUCCUCUGAGAGGAGACAACGGCUCAUUCUCUCUGCUGAAGAACUGGAGUCUGCAGCUGAGGCAGCAGACUCUUCUGUCUGAGGAUGAGGAGUACACCACAGGGUCAGAGGUCACAGAAGACGAGGUGGGAGAUGAAGAGGAGCUGUUCAAGAAACAAGCUGCCAAAAAGGCCAAGAAGACAAACAGGCCUCUGAAAAAACAGCUGUCCUCUCCAAACGUCCAGCGUAAAGACAAACCAGAGAAAACUCAGAGCAGAGACAACACUCCCUUCACAGUGAGCGUCCAGAAGAGUAAGUGGGACAGUUCUCGUUCCAUGCGCUACAACCAGGACGCUCAGAGAGAAGAAGACCAGCGCCGUAUGGUGGAGAUCAUUGGCCACUUAACAAAGAUGAGGUUCGGGGACCAGGAACAGAACAGAUUUAAAGACACCAAAGAGCCUGCAGGAGGAAUCUACUCCAGACUGGAGGCACAGUUCAAGAGUUCUACACCAGCCAGAGCGCCUGACAAGACCCCCAGACCUAAAGUCCGAUACGCACAGAUCCGGACAACGUAACAAAAAAGGAGGUUUGUGAGGACAAAGACUGAUGAAAAGAGCAACAAAAAUCUAAAUCACUUUCUACGGUGGACAAACGUCUACUCUUCUUCAGCCUCUUCCUCCGACACACUGAGCCACUCACAGAAAUUAUAGGAGAAGCUUUGGAUUUUCUUUUAUUCCAGCAAGAUUAUAUGCUUUCAGGAACAUAGUUAGAAAAAAUAGUGCUGCAAAAAUAUAUAAAUAUAUACAUAUACAGAGUGUUACAUCGAAUGGUGUAAAUGUAACAAAGCAUUGAAAACAGUAGAUUUAAAAAGGAAAAACAGAAAUGAAGUGUGAGCUCAGUUUUGGAGACGACAGCCUGAAAUGUUCAAACAUUUGGACGUGGUUUCUGCCUAGUCAUGAUUUUGAUGAAGUUCCAAGAAAUUCACCAUCACUUUCACUUUGUAUCAUCUUCAAGACACAGAUUUAACAAUAAAAAAUAACUGAGUCUGACCUGCGGCAGAAUCUUAACUUCAUUCUCUUUGCUCACCUGACACC